AGAGCCUGGACUCGGUAAUUAUAGGGCCCGCGGCUGCACUUUGACUGCGCUCAUGUAUGCUCUUGAGAAAAAGCCGCGCGGCUGAUUCUCACGAGAUGCACGCGCCGCGCACGCGCUUUACUCUGGCUCGCUCGCGCCAGCUUUGCUCGUCAUCCAGCGGCUGAAGCGCACAUUCCUGCUCGACUUCAGAGCACUCUGAGCUGCUGCUCGCACUCCGGCGCACCGGGAACCGCGGCUGACUCCUAAACCCUCUCAGCAGCAGAGGAUGAGGAGCGCUGCUGCUGCUGCCGGACAUCUGUGAAACUUUUACCGGAGAACCGCCCGGAGCGUCGCUCCCCGGAGACGAUGAGAGGUUUUCUGUUUUAGACAGACACACUUCGGCUCGGAAGCUCCUCCAUGGCUGUGGACGCCGCGUCCAGCUUCAGUUUCUGCCGUCCAGCUGUGGAGUACAGGGCUCUCCCUGAGGACUUCAAGCACCAAUUGAGUCGACGGACUGGCGGAAACCUAACCUGGCAUGACGGGCGCGGACAGAAAACAGCAGGAGGCAGAACAGUGAAGCUUCUGCAGCAGCCGGGGACGGAGGCCCUGCAGUAUUGCUCCAGUGACCGUUAUGGGAUAUAUCACACAAGUCCGACUCAGCCCAGCCUGAUCCGCCCUGUGGUACUCUGGUCACAGCAAGAUGUUUGUAAAUGGCUGAAGAAACACUGUCCACACAAUUACCUGACCUAUGUCGAGGCAUUCUCUCAUCACGCCAUCACAGGUCGUGCAUUGUUACGACUCAACAAUGAAAAGCUGGAAAGGAUGGGGUUAGUGCAGGAAACCCUUCGACAGGAGCUGCUGCAGCAGGUGCUGCAACUGCAGGUUCAAGAAGAAGGGCGCAACUUACAGCUGCUCAGCAGAGGUUCUUUUGGAAAUAUAUCCUAGCUUAAAAGUGGAAGAGUUGGAAUUUCUAAAUAUAUAUUUAUGAAAAAUCAGUGGAAUAAAUGAAUGUGGUCAGCAGCAGGGAUUUUGGCUGCUUCCUGACCAUAGACUACAUUACAUACAUCCCUAGACGAUACAGACUGAAAACUGUGAUGAAAAAGCAUCAUGACAGUAUGUUUACUUACUGCUAAUCAGUGCUUAUUCAUGGUCAACUUUCAAGUUUCACUUCUUUUUAUUUUUGUUCUCUGUCUUUGAAUGUCAAAAAACAUUGAUUAAUAAAAAAAAUGUUUAGAUGACA